UAAUCUCGCGAGCUUGACGUUAUCGUGGAAGUUGGUGAUUACGGAAAUACCUACUAAGCCAGAAUCAAAUAAAUAAAGGAUUAAUAUCGAGUCAUAAGCCUGUAACACUGUCCACAAUGUCCAGGCAAUCCAACCGAACAACAGACAGCAAGAAGAUGAACUCUGAGCUGUUCACGCUGACUUACGGGGCCCUGGUCACCCAGCUCUGUAAAGACUACGAAAAUGACGAGGAGGUCAAUAAACAACUGGAUAAGAUGGGUUAUAACAUUGGAGUGCGUCUCAUCGAGGAUUUCCUUUCACGUUCCAGCAUCGGCAGGUGUCAGGAUUUCCGAGAAACAGCCGAUGUCAUUGCUAAGGUUGCAUUCAAGAUGUACCUGGGAAUCACCCCGAGUGUGACCAACUGGAGCCCAGCGGGAGAUGAAUUCUCCCUCAUCCUUGAGAACAAUCCACUGGUGGACUUUGUGGAGCUGCCGGACAACCACAACACGCUGGUCUACUCCAACCUGCUGUGUGGGGUCCUCAGAGGAGCCCUGGAGAUGGUCCAGAUGGCUGUGGAUGUGAAAUUUGCUCAGGACACUCUGAGAGGGGACAAUGUGACAGAAAUACGCAUGAAGUUUAUCAAGAGGAUUGAAGAAAAUCUUCCAGCAGGAGACGAAUGACGGAAACGAAAAGAUUCUUCCCUCAUUUUCUUGUCUGAUUGAGGCAAGACUGAGUCACAUGAGGAACACCGUCAGAGGAUGAAUGAACUCUGAAUCGAAACAUCAUAAUGAGAGGUAUAUCUCAAUAACCAUUUCCUUGGCACUGAUCUGUGCUCACAGUUUGAAGGAAACCUUUAUGUGUGUGUGCCGAAAUGAAAUGUUCCUGCUGAGAAGAAGAGAAUGCCUCUGACCUUUUUAUCUUGCACCAUCCCUCAUUGAAAGUCACUUUUUCUUCAUUUCCUGAUAAAUGAUCUGUCCUGUUUCUUAAAAGAA